AAAGAUAGAGAGAGGAGGACGCACACUUUUUAACCUUUUUUAUGUUGCACGCAUCCAUGGACCAUGGCCGUGGUAGAGAGAGAAAAAGAAGGCAAGGCACCGCACCACCCGACGAAACGAGGCAGAGAGCAGAGCUGAGCUGCUGAGAGGGCUCCAGAAGAGAGCGAGAGGGUCGAGGCGUAGAGCUAGCACAGCUGCAACAGGCAAGAGCACACACCGCUCCUCUCCCUGUUCCACGCCCACGCCCACAAGCAAGCGCACCACCACCGAGAAGAAACCGCCUCUCGCUCCAGAUCUCGCUGGCAGGGGCGCGCUACUAUGCGCGAGUAGGUAGAUGAGGGCGGCGCCCAUCAGUGCUGAGGGGAACGGGGUGGGAAGCAUAGAGGCGCUGCUUUGGCCGGAGGAGAAGGGCGGCAGAGGGGCGCUGCUGGUGGAGCCGAGGUCGGUGCUGGACUGCAGACGGAGCCCGAGCCCGCCGUACUCGACAUCGACGCUGUCUUCGUCCCUGGGCAGCGCCGGCGCGGACUCUACCGGCGUGGCGGCUGUUUCGGAGAACAGCGCCGCCGCCGCCGAAGCCACCAAAUGGGCGGCGCCCGGCGAGCAUGGUGGCGGCGGCGGCGGGAAGGAGGAGUGGGCCGGCGGUGAGCUGCCGCCCAUACCGGGGAGCCUGGACGUUGGGUUCGUUGGGCAGGAGAGCUGGGAUGCCAUGCUCGGCGACGCCGCGGCGGCCGCCGGGCAGGAGCAGACAUUCCUUAACUGGAUCAUGGCCGCCCCCGGCGACAUGGAGCCACCGGCGCCCCCGCUCCAGCACCAGCAGUUCCUCGGCAAUGCCGCCGGCUUCGGGUUCCCGGCCUCCAACCCGCUCGGGUUCUCCCUGCAGCAUCACCCCUGCGGCUUCACUUCGGCCGGCGCGCUCGCCUCCGACCUGUCGUCUCCUGGGGCAAGAUCGCUCACCAGCAGCAGCGGCAGCAGCAGCAAGGCCACUUCCACUUUCGGCCUCCCCCCCGAGGCGGCGCUUCAGCCGCCGCCGGUUACAACCAUGCCUUUCCACAACGGUGCCGACAUAAAGCCCCCUCUUCUCGGCGUGCCGUCGCCCAGUCUACUCCUCAACCAGCACCAGCCGAUGCCGGCGACCUCCUUCUUCAUGCCGCUCCCCUCCUUCACCGACCAUCAGCAGCAGCCACAUCUCCCGCCGCCGCCGAAGCGUCACCACUCCAUGCCCGACAACCUCUUCCUUCUCCACAAUCAGCUCCAGCCGCCACCGCAGCCGCAGUGUCUCCCUUUCCCACCACUGCAUACUACCGCGCCCUUCCAGCUCCAGUCUUCGCUGCAACCGCCGCGGGGCGCGAUGAAAACAACCGCGGCGGUGCAGCAGCAGCAACAGCUUCUGGAAGAGCUUGCGGCGGCUGCAAAGGCGGCCGAGGUCGGCAACUCCAUUGGCGCGCGAGAGAUAUUGGCGCGGCUCAAUCAGCAACUUCCCCCAAUUCGGAAGCCUUUCCUCCGCUCCGCCUCCUACCUCAAGGAGGCCCUCCUCCUCGCGCUCACCGACGGCCAGCACGGCUCCACCCGUCUCACCUCCCCGCUCGACGUCGCCAUCAAGCUCGCCGCGUACAAGUCCUUCUCCGACCUCUCGCCCGUGCUACAGUUUGCCAAUUUCACGGCCACCCAGGCGCUUCUCGACGAGAUCGCCUGUACAACUGCUUCUUGUAUCCGCAUCAUUGAUUUCGACCUCGGCGUCGGCGGCCAGUGGGCUUCCUUCUUGCAGGAGUUUGCACACCGCCGUAGAACUGGGGGUGUUUCUCUGCCAAUGUUGAGGCUCACAGCCUUCGUCUCGAGUGCCUCCCACCACCCGCUUGAGCUGCAUCUUACUUGGGAAAAUCUCUCGCAGUUUGCUGCUGACCUUGACAUUCCAUUUGAGUUCAAUACCAUCAAUCUCGAUGCAUUUGAUCCUUCGCAACUCAUUGCUCCCACAGCUGAUGAGGUUGUUGCGGUUAGCCUCUCGGUCGGUUGCUCUGCACGCACUCCACCGCUCCAGAUGCUGCUUCAGUUGGUGAAACAGCUUGCUCCUAAGAUCGUGGUGGCUAUUGAUCAUGGCAGUGACCGGGGUGACCUCCCAUUUUCGCAGCACUUCAUGAAUUGCUUCCAGUCCUGUGUGUUCCUUCUCGACUCACUUGAUGCCGCUGGCACUGAUGCGGAUGCUGCCAGUAAGAUUGAGAGGUUUCUGAUUCAACCGAGAGUGGAGGAUGCAGUACUUGGGCGGCGUAGAGCUGAAAAGGCAAUGGCUUGGCGGACAGCGUUCACAUCGGCUGGGUUUGCUCCGCUGCCUCUCAGCAACCUUGCAGAGGCACAAGCUGACUGCCUCUUGAAGCGGGUGCAGGUCCGAGGCUUCCAUGUGGAGAAGUGUGGAGUGGGUCUAGCACUCUACUGGCAGCGCGGCGAGCUUGUGUCCGUCUCAGCAUGGAGGUGCUGAUCAUAUCUACCUCGUCCAUCAUCAUUCCUACACCAUUUGCAGGCAUGUUUAACUCCAGUAAUAUGCAUUUUGUUUUGCAAUUAAAACAUUGCAAAGAAACUAUUGUCUUGGUUGUUGCACACCUCCGAUUGCUUUACUACUGUUGUUUAUUAGCUAGGCCUAAUGAGUUUAGCAAUCUUGGUGUGGGUGUCUCUAUAAUGUAACAUGUUGGUCUAGGGUCUCACCACGCUGUUCUUGCUCUUGUCUCAGUUAGCCAGAAGAUAAUUUGGCAUAUUUGAUGGCCUUACGGUGCA